AAAUUUAUUCUUUACCAAUAAAAAGGAGAAUAAUUUAAAUGAACGAUCAAUUUUAAUAUGAAAGAAUUAUUCAAAUAAGAUGAUGCAGUGUACUUUUCUGACUAGAUGUUAGGAAAGCGAAUUAUUUAUUUACAAAAAAUAAGAUAUAGUGAAAUAAAAGAAUAGACUCUUUUCUUGAAAUUGUCCUUCCUCCAGUCCUAUUAAAUUGAAAAACUAACAAAAUUGCCUAAUAACAUAUGAA